UGUAGUGUCACUGUGCUGGGAAAAAGUGAAUGUAAAACGAAAGAAGCCUAUCUUAUCCGAUGUCUUAAGUAGUUCAUAGAAGCAGCAACGGUGAAGCAGUAGGUGAAACCAAAGAAAAUGGCUAUCCUUUGUGCUUCAACCUCAACCAUUUUCUCUUCUUCAGAGAGAACUUCGUUUGGUUCUUUGAAAAAGACUAUUCCCAGUAACCAAAGCUCAUUUCUUGGGUUCUUCCCUGUAGCAGCAUUGUCCAAACCUGGCUCUGUUCUGCCAACAACACUGUCUUUCUCUAAACGAGAUUUCCGGGUUUGUUGCCAGGACCUCUCUCUUGUCCCUGAAAACCAACGUUGGAUGUUCGAAGAAUCCGAGGCUGAUGGCCCUGACAUUUGGAACAACACAUGGUAUCCCAAAGCUAAAGAUCACAUAAAUACAGAAAAAACAUGGUAUGUUGUUGAUGCUACGGAUAAAAUUCUGGGAAGACUGGCAUCAACAAUUGCCGUGCAUAUUCGUGGAAAGAAUUUGGCCACUUAUACUCCUAGUGUGGAUAUGGGAGCCUUUGUGAUAGUGGUAAAUGCUGAAAAAGUUGCUGUAUCUGGAAAGAAAAGGACACAAAAGCUCUACAGGAGGCAUUCAGGAAGACCAGGUGGCAUGAAAGUGGAAACAUUCAACCAGCUGCAGCAGAGAAUUCCUGAAAGAAUUAUUGAGCAUGCUGUUCGUGGUAUGCUUCCUAAAGGAAGGCUUGGUAGAGCAUUGUUUAACCACCUAAAGGUUUACAAGGGUCCAGACCAUCCACACGAUGCCCAGAAGCCUAUUGAGCUGCCAAUACGGGACAAGAGGGUUCAGAAGCAGAGAUAAUCAAAAUAUAAAGCAGGGUCUGGCUUGAGAGUGCGCAGGCAAUGCUUCACAUCCUGCUUGCCAUUUACUCAUGUUUUUGGUCCUCCGAGUAUGAGCUUCUUUCUUUGGCUCUCCAUGACAGCAUGCUGCACUUGUUUAUAUUUUGAUUGUUGAGGUAUUUGAAAUGAAUCUUACCUUUCUUGAGCUGAAGUUGGAUGCUAAACUCUGAUUGUUAUUUAUGAUGUAUGUUUCAGUUUCUUGGGAUUGAACCAAGUUUGUUUGAUUCAUUAAUCAAAUAAUUCAUCAUUUAUUUCUUUUAA